AUGGCGCGAGGUCGACUUCGAGUGUUUAUCGUGCUUGUUGUGGUACUCAUUAUCGCGUGUCUAUCAGCUCCUUCCAUCCAGAGACUAUACCACCUUUUCCGACUACCGUUCGUGUGGCCCAACUCUUCGGCUCAAGCGAUCAUCUCUGAGCAACGCGACCAUUUCGAUGUGACCUUUUCGUCCUUCCCAGCCAAUUACUCCACAAAAGAUGCGGGCUUGCGGCCGUUGAUUCCAGCGCGACUACAUCAUAUUCACCUAGGUCCAAGUUCUCCGCGUACAGAAUGGGUCGCAGCUAGAGCCGAUUGUCUCAAGCAGCAUGAUUCGUGGAGAGCCUUCCUUUGGGAUGACAACAAUGCGCCACAAUUCGUUGAGGAGAACUACCCUCAUCUCUACGAUAUGUGGAAAAACUAUCCUUUCAUGGUCCAACGUGUUGACGCUCUACGUUAUAUGGUGUUGGAGAAGUACGGAGGCGCUGUUCUUGACUUCGACCUGGCCUGCAAACGUUCCCUUGAGCCUCUCCGUCAGUUCAACUUCGUCGCACCAGCUGCCCACCCCGCAGGCUUUUCGAUUGGGAUGAUGCUUGCCUCACCCAACCACCCCUUCAUCAAAUCCUUGGUCGACAGUCUGCCCAUGUUUAAUCAUGUGUGGCCGCUUCUGUCAUAUGUGACAAUCAUGUUCAGCACUGGCUGCCACUAUGCCUCGACCGUGUACACCCUACAGGAAAACCGAUCGGAUCUUCGCAUUCUCUCUGGGCCUCACGAUAACCCAAACAUGCACAUGUUGAACGGAUUUGUUGAUACUCCCCUCUUCCGACAUCUUGGCUCCUCCUCGUGGCACACCAAAGACGCCCGUUUGAUCCUCAUGCUCAAGGAUAUCGAGCCGAAGGUUAUCUUACUCAUCGCUGUGAUUGCCACUGGAAUGUUGCUCUCAUUGGUCUGGUGCUGCCGUUUGGCGCGGCGUCGUUUGUCGUCACGACAAGACGUCGAAUCUGACUCAAGAAGCCCUUCCCCAAAGCCUUCGCAUAAGCAUGUGUAG